UGCUAUGAGGACCAUGUCUGAUGAUAUUCAGGUGGACGAGUCCAAAGUCACUGAUGAACGUCCAAAAUGGGACAACAAGGUUCAGUACCUGCUGACCUGUAUUGGCUUUGCUGUUGGUCUUGGAAACGUCUGGCGUUUUCCUUACCUAUGUCAGACAUAUGGAGGAGGUGCAUUCCUCAUCCCCUACCUGAUAGCACUCGUGUUUGAGGGCCUGCCGCUGCUGCACUUGGAGCUGGCUAUAGGGCAGAGGCUGAGGAUGGGGAGCAUCGGAGUAUGGACCUCAAUCUCCCCAUAUCUAGGAGGAGUAGGUCUUGCCUCGAUGACGGUGUCCUUCUUGGUGGGCUUGUUCUACAACACAAUCCUGGCCUGGAUCUUGUGGUACUUUUUCCACUCAUUCCAAAAUCCUCUCCCAUGGGAGAACUGCCCGAUCGACAUGAACAGAACAGGCUACAUCACUGAGUGUGAGAAAAGCACACCAGUGAAUUACUUCUGGUACCGGAAGACAUUAAACAUCACUCCUAACAUCGAUACAAGUGGCUCAUUGCAGUGGUGGAUGGUGCUAUGCCUCGCUACAGCUUGGUGCCUGGUCUACGUGUGCUUCAUUCGUGGUAUUGAAACUAUUGGCAAAGCAGUGUAUGUCACAGCCACGUUCCCGUACCUUGUGCUCACCAUCUUUGUGAUCAGAGCGCUGACUCUCCCAGGAGCGUCUCUGGGCCUUGUGUACCUCUUCACACCAGACUGGGAAACUCUGAAGAACCCAAAGGUGUGGUUGGAUGCUGCUACACAGAUCUUCUUCUCCUUAUCUUUAGCCUUUGGGGGACUCAUUGCAUUUUCCAGCUAUAAUCCCCAGAAGAAUAACUGUGAGCGUGAUACCCUCAUCGUUGGACUUGUUAACAGUGCCACAUCGAUUUAUGCUUCAAUACCUAUAUUUGCCAUUUUGGGAUUCAAGGCCAAUGCAAAUUUUAAUGACUGCCUUGGCAAAAAUAUCCUGGCGCUGACAAAUGCUUUCAACAUUGGAGAUCAGAACAUGACAGUGGAAAACUAUGAUGACUGGCUUACCCAUUUAAACGCUACUGAUCCCAGUCUAGUGAUGGGCCUGCAUUUGAGGACCUGCAGUCUUAAAACAUUUCUUGAUGAGAGUGCCUCGGGAACUGGUCUGGCUUUCAUAGUGUUCACCGAGGCGGUGAUCAAGAUGCCUGGCUCCCAGGUGUGGGCAGUGCUCUUCUUCGUCAUGCUGUUCAGCUUGGGCCUGUCCUCCAUGUUUGGGAAUCUGGAGGGAGUUCUAACACCUCUUCUUGACCUCCAUCUGGUGCCCAAAUGGUGCCCUAAAGAAAUCUUUACAGGGUUCAUGUGUAUGGUGUCCUUCUCUGUGGCCCUCCUCUUCACUCUGGGAUCAGGAAACUAUUGGCUUGAGAUUUUCAACAACUAUGUUGGAUCACUGCCUCUGCUUGUCAUUGCCUUUUUUGAAAUCACAGCAGUAGUCUUCAUAUAUGGAAUCAACAGGUUCAACGAUGACAUAGAGUGGAUGACAGGUCGAAGGCCUAACCUGUACUGGCAGGUCACUUGGAGGGUCAUUAGUCCACUGAUGCUGCUUGUUGUGUUUCUGGCAUACAUUGUGGUAGAGGCAGGAGAGAAGCCAACAUACUCCGCAUGGAACCCCAACUAUGUGGAUUUCCCCCUCCCUGACGUGCGUCCGUACCCAAGGUGGGUGUACUCCAUCUGUGUGCUGCUGGCUGCUGUGCCCUGCAUGCUUAUCCCCCUGGGAGCCCUCUUCAGACUUGCCCGGCGCCUCAGGACAUACAUCGCCCACAAGCGCACGCCAAACCCCUACGACACCGAGAGCUUCACACCAGACAUGUAA